AUGGAGCGCUGCACUGGCGGAAAAGCAAGCCGAAAGCGCUCUAUUACCACCCCCCAUUGGCCUUGAGAACAUGAUCAAAGUAGUUGCACAAGCGUGGCCUGGUCAUCCACCCAAAUCUCGCAACCUCCGAACCUCCCUAAGAACGAUGCAACCGUACCUACAAUGCCGUCGAAUCUACAAACAACUUCAGAAACAAAUAGUGACAAAACACAAAGGCUCAGAAUAUAUCCAAACACAUGAACGACGGUACUGGUACUUACCAGGAGGCGGACUUAGCUCCGAGUCCGGCGAUCCCCUCGAGGAAUCAACAGCGCAGAGAUGGCAAGAACAUGGUCAUCGAGCCUGGCUGGGAGGGCCAACGCUAGAAAUUCAUACGGCCCGCUCGCAUAUGUGA